AUGGUGAACGACAAGAAAUUCAUAACAGACCUUCAGAAAAUAAAAUCAACGAUUAGAGUAGCCAAGGCGAAUGAGACGAUGACGUCGGAAGGAAUCGGUACAGUGGACCUGGAGAUCUGUACUUUGAAGGACGUGAUGUACAUUUCCGACUUGAGUGCAAAUUUGCUUUCGGUGAGCGCAAUCACCAAAAAUGGAGGAAAAGUAAUUUUUACCGAAGAUAAAGUUGUCGUGGAGAAGGACAAUAUGCUAGAGGAUCAACGUUCUAAAAAGGACUUCACAGUAAAGCCUCGUAAAAGCCUCCAGGUCCUUUGGAUGAUCAGAUCCAGAGGGCCCAAAGGUUUUCACGAGGCUUUACUGUAG